AUGGAUUUGUACGGUAAUUUAGGAUAUGAUUAAUUUUAUUAAUAUCUCUGUCAAAAAUAUCCUAUAUAAAAUUAAUAAAAGUAGAUUCAUAAUAAACCCAAUCAUGGAGAUUAAAGAAUUUUACGACAGGAUUAAGAAGCAUUAGAUUUAAUGCAAUACAUAUAUUGUACAAUGUGUGAUCAGUUCAUAUCAAUUAAAAAUGCUAAUACUCAUAUCAAUUUCUGCAUAAAUAAUAAGAAAAAUAAAUAACAUUAGGAUGAUAAAUAUUUAGACUUAUUUAUUUGUUGCACAGAUCCAAUGAAUUAAUAUAUAGAAACUAUAGAGUAAAAAUAGAUAAGAUUAAUAAAUGAAUUGACUAAGAUUAAAUACUUAAUUGAAGUAGCCAUAAAAUAAAAAGAAUAUACAUAUGAACAAUAGAAACAAAAAGAAUAUUGUUUAUUUGCUCUUGAAAUUCUUAAUUUAAUAAUAUCAAAUCCUAGAAAUCUGUCAAUAUAACAACAGAUUUAAGAUUUAAUAAGUAUUUAUUAAGUUUUGGAUUAACAACAAUAUAACUUUUAUAAAUAAAUCGUAUUUUUAUUACAAAAAGCCAAUGUAAGAGCAUCCUAAUUAAUUUAAUGA